AGGAGGAGGAAAAGGAUGACACUGAAUCACAAGUACAAGUGGAACCACAAGACUCGACAUAUAACCCAGAGAGUACUGCCACUGAGGAAUCUGAAUUGUUGAUAGAUCCACAGACUAACUCGGGUGAAAAAAAAUACAUUGUUUUUGAAAGUUGCCUAAGAGAGCUAUUUGGGUCCUGUCCAAUUUGUAAGACAAAAUGUAAAGACCAAAGCAGACAAAUGGGGACUUUUGUGGCAUUCACUCAGCAGUGUGAGAAGUGCCAGUACAACAGACAGUGGCAGAGCCAGCCUAUAGUAGGAAGUACACCGGUUGGUAACCUGUUACUGUCUGCUGCAACUUAUUUUACCGGUGGCUCCUUUGUUCAACUGCAGAAGAUUUUUAAGGCGAUGAACCUCCAGAUGACAACAUAUAGCACUUUCAGGAAACAUGCCAGGAAUUUCAUUGAACCAACCAUCAUACAUAAGUGGAACAGAGAUCAACUACAUAUUAUUGCACAGCUGCAACAGCAGGGAAAGGUUCCAUUAGCUGGAGAUAUGCGUGCUGACACACCAGGACACUCGGCAAAAUUCGGUAGUUACACUUUGAUGCAUGUGGAAACCAACAAAAUUCUGGACCUUCAACUAAUUCAGAGCAACGAGGUGGGAGGCAGUUACCACAUGGAAAAGGAGGGAUUAAAGCGUUGCCUGGAAAAACUCGAGUCUAAUGGUUUAGCUGUUGACUACCUAAUAACCGAUAGACAUCCACAGAUUCAGAAGUAUCUGAGAGAACGCAGUAUCACUCAGUUUUAUGACGUUUGGCACUUUCAGAAAGGGCUGUCAAAGAAAUUAGACAAACUGUCACAGAACAAGGACUGCAAGUUGCUGAAGACAUGGUUGCGCAGCAUAAAUAAUCACAUAUAUUGGAGUGCGACUUCCUCUGUGUCUGGCCCAGAAAAGCUGGCUAAGUGGACCUCCCUGCUGAACCACAUUCAAAAUGUGCAUGUUCACGAAAAACCCCUGUACCCUAAGUGUCAACACCCGGACAGAGUUUCCAGGGAUCAAAAGAAAUGGUUCCAAUCAGGAUCAGUGGAACUCCACAAGUUGGGAAAGGUACUAUACAACAAGAGAGUACUGAAGGGCGUAGAAAAACUCAGUCACCACUUCCAAACAUCGUCACUUGAGGCAUUUCACAGCCUUAUUCUGCGUUUCGCCCCAAAGAACGUGGUUUUCCCUUUCAUAGGGAUGUUGUGCAGGUUGUAUCUCGCAGCCAUGCACUACAAUGAAAAUUCUGACCGUCAACAGGCAACAACAACUGCUGGACAGGCUGUGUUCAAAUUCAUUUUUCCUAAAUUCAAAAAGGGGGAAUGCACAGCAAAGCCAGUGAAAAUCGACCCAACAUACAACUAUGUUGAUGAGCUUAUCAGUCUGCUGGUCAAUAAAGUCUUUCUGGACCCUACACCAUACACUGAAGAGCUGCAUGCAAUCCCCAUUCCCCCACCUCUGUCUUCACAGUAUGAAAAACCAUCAAAGGAAGAGUUGAUUGCUCGCCAUGUGUCCCGCUUCAGUCAAGGGGGGGGCGGAAUCCAACAUUCUGGCCAGUUGGAUCUGGAAACUGCUGGCGGAUCCGGUCAACAACAUAUGACGGAAUGACAACCCUCAUAUCUCGUCCUAGGUAGCCCCAGCACCAGCUGACAAAGCUACGGUAGCCCAGAUAACGAAAACGCCUAUGGCAGGAAAUCACAAUGUUGUGUGUAUGAAACAUUUGAUUUUACAGGAAAAUGUUACAUGUCGUUUGAAAAUAUUGAUUUUAUAAAUACAUUGAAACAGAAAGAUAAUUAUUUGUGAAUAUCUUACAUUUCUUUUAUUCGUUAUUUAUGUUUGCUAUGUAACUGUUUUUACAACAAUUAUUUCACUAAUCAAACUUUUUGUACAAUAAAUAAAAACUUACUCUUUUUCAGUUCUGCGUCUCACUGCUCCAUAGUCAGCUCUAUAAAUAUUAUGUAUAUUUUGUAAAGUGAAUGUAUUUAAGCAAUUUGGUUCAAAACCUGGAUGCAGAACCAUGCAUGCAGGUGGGUCCGGAAUCUGCAUCAUCCUAUGCACAACCUAUAAAGAAUUAUUAUAAGUAAUUCCUGUGCAAUGAUCUUCCCUUCUUCUUUUUACAUAAUUCUAUUACAGCUUAUGAUAAAAGGGCAACCCAAAGCUAUAAAAUAUAUAGACAUAUUUUCACAAUACCUUUUGUAUUUUUUUGCAACAGAUGUUUUCACGUUCUGUUGGCAUUUUAACACAGUUGCCACAUGUAC